CGCGUUUCCAACGUUUGAAUGUCCCACGUUCCUCCGCCUCUGCAUUUCUACCGAUCGUCUUGCUAUCCUGGUAUCUACCGUAACUUGAAACCUUGGGACACUCUUAUGCCACAUACCAGUCGCAGCACCGGGCUUACCCGCCCACACGUCCUCAAGUUGACGCACUCACGCCAAGACAAGUAUAGAUAGAGCUUCAACAUCCUGUUGACCAUGGAGAGCUCACUGCUCACUUCUGCUUCGUCGGUGGACAUUGCAGACGCCUAUUCCACGGCCAUUGAUACCGUGUCGGAGGCGACAUCCUCCAUUAAUCCAGCGAUGGCUGUUGUACCCCAUAAUACAACCUCUCUUGGGCUGUUUGGAGGAGCAGUCCUGGCUCUGCUCACGUUUCUCACUAUAUCCCUCCCUGCAACACUCUACACAGUCUUUUCUACGUCUCUGACCUUUACUCUGAACUUUACGACUUUGUUACUGAUACUCCUAUGCUUUGCAUCCAUUGUCAGCUGGGUGGUCCGAUACCGAUACAUGAAUAUGUAUGAGCGACUACCACCGGAACCGCAACGCGAUGAACCGCAAAUCGAGUUGUUCCCUGCUACCUCGGAAGGAGAUUCCAAACCAGGCCUUUCCAACUAUUUGGAUGAGUUUCUUAGUGCUAUCAAAGUCUUUGGUUACCUUGAGCGUCCAGUCUUCCAUGAACUCACCAGGACUAUGCACACAAGGAAGCUCAUGGCCGGAGAGACGUUGCUGCUGGAAGAGGAGCAAGGGUUCUGCCUAGUUGUUGAGGGGCUAGUCCAAAUAUUCCUCAAGUCAAAAAACGAUGAUACUGGGUCCGAGCUGUCUGACGACGAAAGCGAAGACGAUCUACAAGGGCAGAAGCAAGGAUAUCAAUUACUGACCGAAGUCAAAAGUGGCGCUCCGAUGUCGUCGCUUUUUACCAUACUAUCCCUUUUCACCGAGGAAAUCAAACUGAAGCAUGAAGGCAUGGACCCUGCGAAUGGCUCCAGUCAGCGUCCAAUAUCACGAGAAGCUGUCGUGCAUUCGCAAUCCACCCCCGACUCCAUUCCUUCGACCCCGGUGUACCCGCAGAGCCCGACAGCAAUAAAAGGGUUCUCACGCGCCCGACGAUCAUCCAGCAUGCUAGGCGAAGGGAGGAUGCCCAGCAUCCCUCCCCUUUCGCUCGAGAAAUCUAGCGAAGACGUCGGGCAAGCUCAGGCGGAAGCAUAUCGGCAAGCAAAGUCCGUGCACCCAAAUAUUCUGGCUCGCGCAACCGUUGAUAGCACGAUUGCCAUUAUACCGGCGUCUGCGUUCCGGCGUUUGACCCGAAUAUAUCCGAAAUCCACCGCUCAGGUAAUAUCCGUUAUCAUAUCUCGUCUGAAUCGGGUCACUCUCGCUACCGGAUAUGCUUAUCUUGGGCUCGCAAAAGAAAUUCUACGGACCGAGAAGAGCUUGAGCCGGUUGACCACAUGCGAGCUACCGGAUUACCUGCGAGACGGCGCGUUGAAUCGGUUGAAGGAAAAGUUUUCUGAGGAGAGGGAGCGGAUCGCUCCGGAGGAUGCCACGAAAGGCAUUGCUCUGCAUAACCCACGGACAGGAAUGCGAAGAAAAGCUUCGAACGCGGGCAAACGUGACGCGAGCAUCCGGUCGAGACUGCAUCAGGGUCGAUCAGGGUCCGUUAUGCUUGACCGGAUGAGUCCCAUCGGCAGAGAAUUAUCUCCAAUGGACAGACACGGUGUCAGUGCUGGCGACUUACUCGCCAGCGGCAGAACGCCUCGGCCGUCAUUUUCAACGCCGAUUCACACUCCCAAUGUACCCCGUCGAGAAGCAUCCAAAGACGCCGAUUACUUUGCACGUGGAAACAUCGCGCCUGUCGGACAGGAGUCAACCGAUGAGGACACCGUAUUCCGAGAAGCGAUUUUGGACUGCUUCUGCAAGACUAUUGGGCUGACAAAUAUCUCCACGUCAAAAGUAGCACCAUCUCACGAGCAGUCUCCACGGUUGGUGUCAUUUGAUGCGAAGAAGCAGAAAGCAGUAUUCCACAGUGCAUUUGGCCUGAUGGAUCCCUACGAAACCUCUGCUUUCGACUUCGAUACCGAGUCAAUGCGAUCCACCUCAAUCUCCGCCUUGAGCGUCGAGGGUCCCGGCAAUAUUUUUGAAGAGCUCGUCAAUGACGUUGAGAUCCUGUUUUUCCCCAAGAACGCGGUGCUCGUCGAGCAAGGAGAGCGCAAUCCAGGGUUGUAUUAUGUCAUUGACGGGUUUCUGGAAGUCUCGAUCGUCACAGACGGUGAUGUGAUAGUGGACAUCCCUGAAAGAACGCCGGCUAGAACCGCUCGAGAAUCACGGGAGUCGCUUUUGAACGCUAGUAAAAAGCCGUCCAGACAGCGGCCGGAUCGCACGAACUCCGAGAAGCAAAAUGCACCGAGAGGCCGCGAACAUUUAUACCUCAUAAAGCCGGGAGGGGUUGCAGGUUACAUUGGAUCAGUGUCAAACUACCGCUCGCUCGUGGAGGUGACCGCCAAGUCCGACGUCUUUGUUGGAUUCUUGUCCCGGAGCGCAGUGGAGCGUAUCGUCGAGAAACACCCCAUUGUCCUUCUGACUCUGGCAAAGAGGCUCACGGCGUUGCUUCCUCAGCUUAUCUUGCACGUGGAUUUUGCAUUGGAGUGGAUGCAAGCCAAUGCCGGCCAAGUCAUUUACAAUCAGGGCGAGGAAAGCGAUGCAAUUUACAUUGUGCUGAACGGUCGAUUGCGCGCUCUCCACGAAUCCGAUUCGGGCGCCGUUUCCGUGCUCGGAGAAUACGCCCAAGGAGAUAGUGUUGGAGAACUAGAAGUGCUCACGGACAACGACAGACCAGCGUCGCUCCACGCCAUCCGAGACGCGGAGCUGGCCAAGUUUCCCAAGACCCUGUUCAACAGCUUGGCUUUCGAGCAUACAGGGGUCUCGAUGAAGAUAUCGAAGAUCAUUGCCAGGAGAAUGAGGUCCUUGAUUGAAGAGAUGGGGACCGAUCGAAGGGCUGCGGUCGCUCGAACGAAUUCAUCCUCAACCGAAAACCUUAGGACCAUCGCCAUCUUGCCCGUGACGUCCGGGAUACCCGUGGUUGAGUUCGCGAGUCGACUGACGACCGCGCUGAUCCAGAUUGGUACGCCAAGUGGCGUCGCAUCGCUGAAUCAGACAACGAUCCUGCAACAUCUUGGCCGUCACGCUUUCAACCGCAUGGGAAAACUGAAGCUAUCGCAGUAUCUCGCCGAUCUCGAGGAGAAAUUUGGCAUCGUGUUGUACGUUGCGGAUACCAGCGUCCAGUCACCCUGGACGCAGACCUGCGUGAGUAAGGCGGACUGCAUCUUACUGGUUGGUCUGGCGGAUGGUUCUCCAAAUAUCGGGGAGUAUGAAAGAUUCUUGCUCACAACCAAAACCACAGCCAUCAAAGAGCUUGUCCUUCUGCAUCCUGAGCGAUACUGCCCCCCCGGCCUGACUCGAAAGUGGCUUCAGAACCGGUCCUGGAUCAACGGCGCACAUCACCAUGUGCAUAUGUCCCACCAAUUGCCGUCCGAGCCAGUGAGCUCCCAGAACAGACGGUUCGGGUCCGCAUUGAAACAGCGGGUGCAAGUCAUCCAAGACCAAAUCCAGAAGUAUGCAGCGCGAAAACCUCCUCGUAGGCCACUAUAUACCUCCGAAGCGCCUUCUAAGAGCGACUUUCAUCGCCUGGCGCGGCAUUUGCGGGGAAAAUCCAUUGGGCUUGUUUUAGGUGGCGGUGGAGCACGAGGCUGUGCCCAUGUUGGCAUUCUCCGAGCGUUGGAGGAAUCCGGCAUCCCCAUCGACAUCAUCGGCGGUACUUCGAUCGGAUCGUUGGUCGGCGGACUCUAUGCGUGGGAUGCGGACAUCAUCCCGACGCUCGGCAAAGCGAAGAAGUUCUCGGGCCGCAUGGCCAGUUUUUGGCGGUUCUUGCUAGACGCGACGUAUCCCACGGCAUCAUACACCACCGGACACGAAUUCAACCGGGGAAUCUUCAAGACGUUUGGCAAUGCGCAGAUCGAAGACUUCUGGAUCCCGUUCUAUUGCAACAGCACGAACAUCUCGAAGAGCCGGCCGGAGAUCCACGCCAGUGGGUAUGCAUGGCGGUACGUGAGGGCGUCAAUGUCGCUCGCAGGGUUGCUGCCUCCGUUGUGCGACGAAGGCAACCUGCUUCUUGACGGUGGCUACGUUGACAAUUUAACCGUGGCGCACAUGAAGUCUCUGGGUGCCGAUGUCAUCUUCGCCGUGGACGUGGGAAGCAUAGACGACGACACGCCGCAGAAUUUCGGGGAUUCGCUGUCCGGGCUCUGGGCUCUCCUGAACCGAUGGAACCCCUUAUCCUCGACCCCAAAUCCGCCCACGCUUUCGGAGAUCCAAAGCCGGCUGGCAUACGUCUCAAGCGUCGACGCGCUCGAGCGAGCGAAGAACAUGCCCGGGUGUCACUACAUGCGCCCGGAUGUUGAUCGAUUUGGGACGCUGGAGUUCGGCAGCUUCGAGGCGAUUUACAUGGCGGGAUACGAAUAUGGACGACGGUUCGUGGAGGAGCUGAGGGAGCAGGGGGAGAUCCCGGGGCUGACGGGGACGGAGGAGAAGGGACAUUUGAGACGCACAGCCGGGAGGAGAGCGAGCAUUUGAAGCGUGCCUGUUAGGUCAUACCUAUCAUUGGUGACUUGGAAUCUUGUAUCGAUAGUGUAUUAUCCAGUCUGAAUCUAGUAAUUGACAGGCGAUGUGCAC